UUUAUGAGUAGCGAUAAUUUAAGAAAAGGAUUGAUAAAUGAUAGUUUUGGAGAUUUUGGUAGUUUUGUAGAGACCAUUGCACCAGAGGAGAAAAAAACAGCAAGAGAAAAAGCAGGAAUUUUAGGAAAAUUGUUUGUUUCUUGGAUUUAUCCAUCUUUGUAUUAAUUAAUGAUUAAUUUAGAAAAUUAGCAUAAAAAUAACCUUUAGAAAUUGAAAAUGUACAACCACUAUCAAAAACCGAGAAAUCUUAAUAUUUAUAUGAGAAAUUCAAAAAUUAGAUGAUUAUUACUUAGAAAGGUGAAAAUACCUUAUUUAAGGCAUUGUAUUUCACUUUUUAAAAGUAAAUCAUAAUUACAUUUAUAUGGUUAAUAAUAUCUGUAAUUACAGCAGUUGUUAUACCAAUGAUGAUCAAGAGCAUAAUAGAUUAUAUAACAAAUUAGGUAGAAGAUCAUGUUUAUGCUUCGACAAUAAUUAGUGUUAUAAUGAUUUCAAGAGCAAUUAAUAUGAUAUCGAAUGCUUAGGCUAGAUUACAGAUUGUAAAUUUAAAUUUAGUAUUUUAAGAGAUCUUUUGGUUUUGAUGCUUAAUGUGUAUUAUCAGUAGAAUUAUUAAGUAAAAGUUUAAGAACAUCAUUUUUAAGUAAUCCUCGAUAUACAACAGGAGAGGUGAUAAAUUUAAUGUAAGUAGAUGCCGGAAAAUUAUAAUUUGUUACAUAUUAUUUAGGAGUUGCUUUAUUGGUGCCAAUAUAAUUGAUAGUUACAAUAUAUUUGAUGUUUGUAUAUAUAGGAUUAUCAUUUCUUGGAGGAUUCGGUAUAAUGUUAUUGACAGCAAUUUGGAAUACAUUGAUAGGUAAGUUUUUAAUGAAAUAUUAAUAAACAAUGAUGAAGGAGAAGGAUAAGAGAACAAAUUGUGCAAAUUAAAUAUUUUCAUAGAUAAAAUUUAUAAAAAUAAAUGCAUUUGAACAAUUUUUUAAAGAGAAAUUAUUUCAAUUGAGAAAAGUUGAAAUAAAUAUAACAAGGAAACGAUAUUUUGGAACAGCUUUUUACAUAUUUUCAGUAUGGUUAAGUCCAUUAUUAAUAUUAUGUGGAACAUUUUUGAUGCAUAUAUUAUUAGGUAAUUAAUUGAGUGCUGGAAGUACUUUUGCAAUAAUAAGUUUAUUUUAAAUGUUAUAAUAACCAUUAUUAUAAUUACCAAUAGCAAUAAAUGAAGUAAUGGCUACAAAUAUAAGUUUAAAGAGAAUAUAGAAAUUUUUAUUUACAGAUGAAUUAGAAUCAAAUUGUAUUUAAUACGAUUAUUAUGGAGAUGAGAAAUCAGUAGAAAUAAGGAAUGGUAAUUUUUAUUGGUCAUCAUUAAAGAAAGAAGAAAUAGAUGAGUAAGAGAAGAAGGAGUAGGAAAAUAAAAAGAAGAGGAAGAAAUAAAAGAAAAAUAAAAAACUUUAGAUAGAAGAAUAGAAUUAGAAAGAGAAUGAGAAGAAGUAGGUUUUAUUUAAUAUAAAUGUUGAAAUAAAAAAAGGAAUGAUGGUAGCAAUAAUAGGAGAUGUAGGAUCAGGAAAGACUUCAAUAUUAUAGGCAAUAAUAGGGGAGAUGUUAUAUAAUCAUGAGAAUCCUCCUAAAAUUACAAUAGCAGGCUAGUUAGCUUAUGUAGGAUAGAAAUAUUGGAUAUAAAAUUUAACAGUAAAAGAAAACAUUUUAUUUGGAUUAGAGUAUAAGGAAUAGAAAUAUUAAAAUGCUCUAAAAUAUUCUUGUUUAUAGUAGGAUUUGAAGAUAUUAAUAAAAGGAGAUGAAACAAUGAUUGGAGAGAAGGGUAUUAAUUUAUCAGGAGGUUAAAAGGCUAGAAUAAGUUUAGCUAGGGCUAUAUAUAGUGACGCUGACAUUUUAUUAUUAGAUGAUCCAAUAAGUGCAGUUGAUGCUCAUGUUGGAAAUUUCAUUAUGAAUGAAUGUUUCAAUGGAUAUUUAAAAAAUAAAACAAGAAUUCUUAUAACACAUGCAUUAAAUAAUCUUUAAUAUGUUGAUUAUGUUUAUUUAAUGGAGAAUGGUGUAAUCAUUGAAGAAGGCACAUUCCAAUAAAUUAAAUAAUCUACUAGUUUUAAUUCAAUAUUUGAAAAGUUAUACAAAAAUUAACAUUAAAAUGAUGAUGUAGAAACUAUUGAAUAGAAGGUUGAAGAUCUUCCUUAAUUAGUUAAAUAAUCAUCUUAGAAAGAAGAGAAUAACAAUGAAUAGAAUAAUGAAUUAAUGUUAGAUGAGGAUCGAGAAAGAGGUAAAUUGGCAUUUGAUACUUAUAAACAAUACUUUAAACUUACUGGAUAUUUUAAUAUAUUCAUAUUGAUUCUUAUUCAAAUUUGUUGGAUCAUAUCAUAUUUUGGUACUUCAAUUUUAAUAGCAAUGUGGACAUCUCAUUCAGAAGAUGAAGAUAUAGAUAAUUAUAAAUAUUUAGAAGUUUAUUUCUAUUUUUCUUUGGGUCAGGGUGUCUUUGCAUUUUUUAGACCAUUUUUAUUAGUUUUUGCUGGAACUAGAACAUCAGAUAAAAUUCAUACAAAAAUGAUAAAGUAAAUAUUAUUUUUUAUUAUUAUUAUAGUUGUUUAUUGUAUGCCCCAUAAUGUUCAUUUUUUGAAAGAGUACCUUUGGGUAGAAUUUUAAAUAGAUUAACAAAGGAUUAAAAUUCUUUAGAUAGUGAAAUAUAUUGGGGUUUAAGUUGGUUUUUUGUUGCUAUAAGUUUAUUGCUAGCAAAUUUGACAAUUUAUAUAUAUUCAAGUACGGCUUAUAUGUUGAUUCCAUUGUUUUUUUAUUUUUGUUUAUGUUGGUGGAUACAAUAAUUGUAUGUAAGAGCAAGUAGAGAAUUGUAAAGAUUGGAGUCAAUUUCUAAAAGUCCUAUAGUUAGUUUUUUUGGAGAAUGUAUAAAUGGCUAGAGUUAUGUUAGAGUGUUUAAGAAAGAGAGUAAAUUUAUAGAGAAACAUUGUGAAAAUAUGGAUGUGAAUAGAAAAGUGUUUUUAGAAUUAGUAGGAUCUUAGACUUGGUUUAUGUUAAUAUUGGGAUUGGUAAGUUUAUUUGUAAAUGCAAUGGCAUUAGUGUAUUGUGUAUUUUACUCAUUUUCAAAUCCUUCUUUAGCUGGAUUAUUAUUAACAUAUGCAACUUAAAUAGAUGGAAAUGUUUCAGAAUGUGUUUAAUCAUUUAGUUAAUUAUAAUUAGGAUUGGUAUCAUUUGAAAGAUGUUUAGCAUUUACAAAGAUUGAACCUGAAUAAGGUUAUAAAGAAUUAGUAAAUAAUAAUUUAGAAGAAGCAUAACAUAAUGAGAAUUAUUUAGAUCAUUGGCCAAAGGAAGGGAGAAUAGAUUAUAUAAAUUAUUCAGUUAGAUAUAGAGAAGGAUUGAAACCAGCUUUGAAGAAUUUGAAUUUUACAAUAGAUCCUUAAGAUAAGAUUGGAGUUGUAGGUAGAACUGGAGCUGGUAAAUCUACAAUGACAUUGACACUUUUAAGGAUUUUAGAAGCUCUAGAAGGAAAGAUAGUAAUAGAUGACGUAGAUAUAUCGACGAUAUCUUUAAAAUAACUUAGAGAACAUAUAACAAUGAUUAUGCAGGAUUCAACUAUAUUUGAUGGAACUCUAAGAGAGAACAUUGACCCUUUGAAUUAAAGAACGGAUGAAGAAAUCAUAUAAGUAUUAGAACAAUGUUGUUUAAAGGAUUUAACAACAUAAAGAAAUGGAUUAAAUACUUAAAUUAGUGAAGGAGGUGAUAAUCUAAGUUCUGGAGAAAAGCAACUCAUUUGUAUUGCCAGGGCUGUCUUAAAAAAGAGUAAAGUAGUUCUCAUAGAUGAAGCUACUGCUAACAUAGAUGUUGAAACUGAACAUAAAAUCUAAGAAACUAUCUUGAAUGCAUUUCGUGAUUGCACUGUUAUUACAAUUGCACAUCGUAUUAACACAAUAUUACAUUGUGAUAAGUAAGUAUUUCUAUUAUUUAGAAUAAUCGUUGUUGAUUCAGGCCAAAUUAAAGAGUAUGGAAAAACUAAAGAUUUAUUAUUAGAGAAGGAUUCGAUAUUUUAUGGAAUUUAUUAAGAGACAUUAAAAUAAAAUAAAAAAUGA